GCAAUAUGCUAAGAUCUUGGAUUGGGGUCCGUAUGAUAAGCAUCACUGUGUGCGUGUUGCACUUGCACUUGGUGAAGUGCAUUUUGGGAAUCAGACAUAUAAGACAAAAUGAAACAAUUUAAAUUAAAUUCUAAAUAAUUGAGCGACAAAUGUAGUAAAAAGUUGUAUAAAUAAAACUACAGUCACGAUGUAAUUCUCCGAACAAUUUAAUUUUUGCUUUUGUUGCGUGUCUGAUAGACCGCUGGAUGUAUUUUUUUAUAACCGCUAGAGCAUCAUUGAAGUGGUAAACCACCUAUUCAAUAAUUAUACAUAAUUUCGGUAACAUUCAUUAUUAAUUAUCUGAAAUACUUUUUCAAAAAAUUCGGCCUGUGUUCGAGCCUGCCCUUUGCCCUUUGUUUUAGUGUAAACGCGCUAUAAGCUACGACGAAAUGUCAUUGAAUACUUCUUUGCCAGUGGCCCUUUAAACGACCAGUGUGCGUCAACACAGUAAUGGCUGCAGAAGAAAAAAUCAUUGUUUUGAAGAAAAUUUAUAUUGAUUAGUGAAACAUAAAGCUCACCAUCCUCUUGCGUCGAGGUUCUGAAUAAUCUGAAUUUUGAAACUUUCAUCUGCGCUGGAGUACAUACAUGUCAAGCAAGGAAACACCUGCACAUAUGACAGUGCCGUCACAGUUGUUUAUUUUUCAACAGCACAACACUGAUAAGCGAGAACAAAAAAAGCACACAACGCGUGAUCUAGAUCGCUGCAAUGAGUAGUGUUUACUCAUCUUCCACUAUCUCGAACUGUGACCAAGAAGAAAGUGGUGUAUCCAGAGAUAGCGGGAUUAACCAAGUGCAAAACGUCGUACAAAUCGAUGAUACGAUGAGGCCCAUACGGCCUUACGUUUCGCGUCAGAGAACUAGCACCAACAGUGAGAUGGCGGUGGAAACAAAGGAACCAACGGACGACGAAGGUAUCGUUGAGUCGCCCAUAUUACAAGACGCCCGCAUGAACGAGAUGGAGGAAAAGUUAAGGCGAAAGUUGCAGUUUUUCUUCAUGAAUCCGAUCGAGAAAUGGGAAGCAAAGAGACGCUUCCCGUACAAGUUUGUGGUACAAGUUAUUAAAAUUGUGCUCGUCACAUUACAACUCUGUCUCUUUGCACAUUCCCGAUACACACACGUGAACUAUACGUGGGAUAAUACGGUCACAUUCUCCCAUCUCUUCCUGCGCGGCUGGGACAUUACAAUGGAGGUCAACAACUAUCCGCCCGAGACGGGUCCGCUCUCGGUGUAUAUGAUUGAUGAGUUCUUCAAAACGAUCGACUACGCUGCGUCGGGAUAUGCGAAUCUUCCGCAGGCGAUUGGGCCCUAUUCCUAUCCAACCGAGGACAACACAAUGGCACCCAUGCGACUGUGUCUGUACCGAUACAAGGACGGUACGAUCUUUGGAUUUAACGAAAGCUACGUGUUCAACCCGGAAAUUGACUCGCUAUGUGUGGACCUGUACCAGAACGUCACCGUCAACGGCAGCCAAGCAUAUCUGCACGAUAAAGAUAUUCAUAUAAACUUUUCCGCAUUGGUCAAGGCGGAACUUAAAUUUGCUAUCAAAACGGUCAACUUUAAGGCGGCUGGACCGAUAACGGCACCGGAUUGUUAUCGGUUCGAUUUACUGAUCCUGUUCAACAACCAGGACCACGAUGGCCAAAUGGUACUGCGGCUCGAAGCAGAACCAACACGGCUCGUAUGUCACGGUGAUGUAGAGUUUAUAAAAAACUCCCAGAUUGAUGACGCACUGCGUAGCUUGUUAAACAUUCUGGUGAUCCUGAUCUGUCUUCUUUCGUUUGGCCUCUGUGCACGGGCCAUUUUCCGGGCACAGAUUCUACGACUGAUAACGUGCGACUUCUUUAAAGAAGCCUACGGGAAGGAUCUUAGCUGCGAAGGCAAAUGGGAAUUUGUAAACAUGUGGUACAUUAUGAUCGUAUUCAACGACAUACUCCUCAUCAUCGGAUCGGCCCUGAAGGAACAGAUUGAGCGAAAACACUUCAUUGCAGACGAUUGGAACGUGUGUUCGCUGCUGCUUGGCGUAGGAAACUCACUCGUCUGGUUCGGCGUUCUGCGGUACCUUGGUUUCUUCAAAACGUACAACGUGGUCAUACUGACGCUAAAGAAAGCAGCACCUAAAAUUAGCCGCUUUCUUCUCUGCGCACUAUUGAUUUAUGCCGGCUUCACCUUCUGCGGCUGGUUGGUACUAGGACCGUACCACAUUAAAUUCCGCUCCCUUUCCACCACCUCCGAGUGUCUGUUCGCGCUCAUCAAUGGCGAUGAUAUGUUCGCUACCUUCUCGAUCAUGUCGGAGAAAUCAUUGAUGCUGUGGUGGUUUUGCCGCAUCUAUCUGUACUCGUUUACCAGCCUGUACAUCUACGUGGUACUGUCGCUGUUUAUUUCCGUCAUCAUGGACGCGUACGAUACGAUCAAGAAGUAUUACAAGGAUGGAUUCCCACAGUCCGACCUGCGGCUGUUCGUAGGACCAAUCAGCCCCAACGAUUUCUCCAGCGGUGUAUUUCGAGAGCACGAAGAAUUCGACCUAGAAAGCAUGUCGUUCUUCGACGUGGUAAAACGUUUAUUCUGUUUUUCUACCAGAAACCUCGGUCCGACUGGAUACACAUCGUUGCUACCAAAGGCUUCAUCUAGCUACGUAAACAAUUAGCCAAUUCCACUUCUUCUCAGUAUCUCGUUACCGAUUAAUUUGUUAUGAGCUUUGAAAUAAAUUUUACAAAACCAAAAGAAUUGUACAAAUAAA